GAAUAAGCGGCGAACCCCACGAUUUUAGUCAUUGAUGAGGUGCGCAAACGGUCGGUCGCAAAAACGUGUAACUUGUUCGAGGCUCGCGUAACUAAAGCGUUCCUUUAAUAGACUGCUUGGAAUUGUUGUAGCAUUCCAAAUCGUUCGAAAGGGUGUGAUUUUUGUGUGUGUUUUAUCGGUUAUUGGAAUGGUCGAAACCUCAGUGAUAAAAUCCAGCUCGAUGAUCAAGCUGAGUACGAACGGUACUGCGCAGAACGGCAACGGAACGGACACAUCUGCGGGUCCUGAUGAUCAUUACAAUCCUUCCGUGAGAAUACUGCACAUUCCCAAGCAACCCGACGGAUCGUGCGGUUUUCAUCUGUCACGAAGUAAAUGGGAUCCCUAUCCUUGGGUCAGUGGAGUAGACGAGGAGUCGCCAGCUGAAGUGACCGGUUUGAAGGCCGGCGACUGCGUGCUUGAGGUGAACAACGAAGACGUGCUCGGCAUGAGGAUCGCCGAAGUUGCCGGCAUGGUUCGUUCGAAGACAGAUAUCGUAACGCUGCUGCUUUGGAGCACCGGCAUGGAACCGACUUGUAACUCGGAGUCGUUAUGUUGUGGCCCAAUGCCGAUCAACUUGGAACGGCUAUCGGCCAGCAUGCAAACCAUUGUCGCUGCUUUGGAGUGUCCGGUGUGUUUCGAUACCAUUCCACCGCCGGUGUUCCAGUGCCAGAAUGGACACCUGGUUUGUUCUCGUUGCCGCGUCCGUUCGGAAAGAUGUGCCGUUUGCAGGGAAAGGUACAGCUUCGGUCGUUCGCUGCUAGCAGAGCAGGUGUAUCAGUCGAUUGCGGAAGCUUUUAAUCUGACCGAAGGUAAUGAUGGCAAGUUACGGGAAAAAUUGUUUGGAGCCAAGUGUGCUCGAAAAAAACCACGCAGCCCAUUCAACAGCGAGGGACAUCUAGCGACAGGGAAGCCAAUCCAUUCACAUACGCACAAAUUUUUGGCAAAAAUCAUGGGGAAGUCUUCGUCCGUAGAUAACUUAAGCAAAAACUCGAACUGUGAUCAGAGCGAAGAUCUGCAAGGAUUGAAGGGAAAGUCUCUGUCGCUGUCGUCGAGUGAAAUUUUCAGACGCGAUAAUACAAUUUCUGUGCCCCGAUGUACCUCCUCCAAUCGGCUAGCCCCGGAACUGGCGGCUUCCUGCACUAGCCUGUCUGCUAGGCGGCCAACGUCUUCCCUUUCCUGCAAUGUUUCAGCCGAGAGCUUGGGCAGCAUACCGGAAAAUGGCAUCCAAAUCACAGUCCCACCAAGUGCAGCUCAAGCGAGGACAGCCGCCCUGUGCUGUCCGUGUGGCGACUAUUGCAACGAUAAGAUAAACGCUUCCGAACUGGAGCAGCACGUAACCGACCAUCACCGCACGCCUAUCAUCUCGUUUGGCACGGCAUCGGCGGAGAUUUCACUUCCGCCAAGGACACCUGUUGACAAUGCCUGCCUGGUGUUGAUUCUUGACGGUCAUAAAUUUUGGCUGAAAUUAAUCUCGAGUCCGAGCCCCAACGGAGAUGUCUUCAUUUCGGCCCUGCUACAGGGAGAUGCGGUUCGAAGUCGGAGUUACGCUCUGGAGGUGGUCAUACGUAAAGCCGGUUCACAUCAGAUACUCGGGAAGGAGCUAAUUUCCCGCUCGGAGGUCCACUCGAUGGAAAGCAAAUCGUGGAACGAUAUCAUCAACACCAGAAGUGGAAUAUAUUACUCGAACGAGUGUAUUAAAUCAACAUUCGAACCGGAAACGGAAGUACUAUUGAAAGCGAGUAUUAAGCGCUUAUCGGAGCUUUGAUUGAAGAGCGUUAGUGGAGCCGAUUGUUUGAGUGUUUUUUUUUUCAAAUGCAAGUAUUUAGCGUGGCAUUUGCCCACAGACCUAGAGCUUGGAAUUGUUUCGGACAACUAGGUUGGAAUAGUUUGUCGAGCUGUAUAGUUCCUUCAUAACUGUUUUAAUUUAUUAUAAAAAGUUG